AAGAAAGCAAUGUGGGGGACAAAUCCCAUCCGGCAAGAGAGAAAGAAAGAAACACCAGGAAAAAAAAAAAUCUUGAUUGUAGGGAAGAUUUAAUUUUGUAAGGAGAAGGGGUUGUGGAUUAAGGGCAUAUUUCGAGACUCUGGUUCCCCUACUCUGUUAUCUCUCUCUCUAAAGAAAAAGGUUUGUGUUUGCGUUGGUUUCUUGUAAGUUAUGAGGAGAGGAAGAGGAUCUACUGCUGCAGCUGAAGUGAUGAUGAUGGCAGGGGGGAGAACUAAUGAAAGAUUAAAUCAUCAAGAAGAAGAAGUGAAAGAGAUGAGAUACAGAGGUGUAAGGAAAAGACCAUGGGGAAGAUUUGCAGCAGAAAUUAGAGAUCCAUGGAAGAAAACUAGAGUCUGGUUAGGUACUUUUGAUUCAGCUGAGGAUGCUGCUAAAGCUUAUGAUACUGCUGCUCGUAAUCUAAGGGGUCCUAAAGCCAAAACCAAUUUUCCAUCUUCACCAAUUAAUCCACAUGAAACAAUUUAUCAUCAACAACAACAAAGCAACAAUUUUUACAAUAAUCAGCAAUACCAUCAGCAAAAUCAAAAUCAAACUCCAGUUAAUAAUAUUCAGAGACCAACUAGUAGUAGUUUAAGUAGUACUGUUGAAUCGUUUAGUGUGGUCCAAGAUUUUCUUCUCCAGCUUUGA